AUGCCAUUUCAAAAAGUUUUGAAGUCCUCUUCUUACCACUCACGUUUUCAAACUCCUUUCCGUAGAAGACAGGAAGGUAAAACUGACUACUACCAAAGAAAGAGAUUAAUCACUCAACACAAAGCUAAGUACAACACACCAAAGUACAGAUUAGUUGUUAGAUUCACAAACAAGGACAUCAUUGCUCAAAUCAUCUCCUCUCAGAUUACUGGUGAUGUUGUUUUUACUUCUGCUUACGCUCAUGAGUUGCCAAGAUAUGGUAUCAAGCAUGGUUUGACUAACUGGUCAGCAGCAUACGCUGUCGGUUUAUUGGUUGCCAGAAGAGCUUUGCAAAAAUUAGGCUUGGAUGAGACCUAUAAAGGUGUUGAAGAAGUUGAAGGUGAAUUCGAAUUAACUGAGGCUGUCGAAGAUGGUCCAAGGCCAUUCAAGGUUUUCUUGGAUAUCGGAUUGCAAAGAACCACUACCGGUGCUAGAAUCUUUGGUGCUUUAAAGGGUGCUUCUGAUGGUGGUUUGUAUAUUCCUCACUCUCCAAAUAGAUUCCCUGGUUGGGAUAUUGAAUCUGAAGAGUUGGAUGCAGAAUUAUUGAGAAAGUACAUCUUUGGUGGUCACGUUGCUGAAUAUAUCGAAGAAUUGAUGGACGAUGAUGAAGAAAAGUACAGAACAUUGUUCAAGUCAUACAUUGAUGACGAAGUCGAAGCUGAAGAUAUCGAAGAUAUUUACACUGAAGCUCACGAGGCUAUUAGGGCUGAUCCAUCGUUCAAACCAACUGAGAAAAAGUACACCAAAGAGCAAUAUGCAGCUAACUCUAAAAAGUACAGACAGACCAAAUUGUCCAAGGAGGAGAAGGAUGCAAAAAUUGCCAAGAAAAUUGCCGAAUUCCAGGAAUCCAAGUAA